AUGGAAGGUGGCAUUGAUGAUUUUUUGUUGGAAACUGAGGAUGAGAUCGUUGCGGAGAACAGGAACAUAGUGGAAGAUGAAAUGUUAGGAGAUGAUGGUAUCGUUGUACCUAAGGUCGGAAUGACAUUUAGCAGUGAAAAUGAAAUGUUUGAAUUGUACAAAGAAUAUGCAUACAGCGUAGGUUUUCCCGUAAAAAAAAGGAAUUCAAAAAAAGGGUCCGGUGGAGUUUUGAGAUUUGUGACAUAUACUUGUGGCCGUGAAGGUCGAAGGCCAAGUACUGCUACCGGAUCUGUAAGGCCGCAACCAACAAUUCAAACCAAUUGUAAGGCCCGGAUAAGCGCAUCUUCAGAUGAUCAUGGAUCUUGGAGAAUUAAUGCAGUCCACCUCGACCACAAUCAUGGAACAAGCCCAUCGAAAUCCAAGUUGUUUCCAUGCAAUAGAGAACUGAGUGCACAGGUUAAGCGGAGGCUUGAAGUGAACGAUGUGGUGGGAAUUCCGUUGCACAAAAGUUAUAAUUCCGCAGUUGUUGAGGCGGGCGGAUACGAAAAUAUGACUUGUGUGGAAAAGGAUUGUCGGAACUACAUCGAACAAGUGAGACGGUUGAGACUCGGAGAAGGAGAUGCCGCCGCAAUACAAGCAUAUUUUUCAAAUAUGCAAGCACAUUGCUCGGGGUUUUAUUUUAGUAUUGAUUUGGAUGAUGAAUCGCGGUUGAGGAACAUAUUUUGGGCAGAUAAUAGGUGUAGGCAGGCAUACAAGGAAUUCGGCGAUGUGGUCACGUUUGAUACAACGUAUCUUACAAAUAAGUAUGAUAUGCCUUUUGCUCCUUUCGUUGGCGUCAAUCACCAUGGACAAUCAACACUGCUUGGUUGUGGUUUGCUUUCGAACGAGGACACAAAUAGUUUUGUGUGGCUAUUCAGGUCAUGGCUUCAGUGCAUGCACAGUGUAGCUCCCCAUGGAAUAAUCACUGAUCAGGAUAGAGCCAUGCAAAAUGCAAUUCAAAUUGUUUUUCCAAAUACAAACCAUAGGUGGUGUUUAUGGAACAUUUUGAAAAAGUUGCCAGAGAAGUUUGGGUACCAUAUUGAUAAGGGUUCUAUAUUUUCUGAUAUACAUGGAUUGGUGUAUGAUUCCCAGUUCGUUGAAGAGUUUGAAGAAGGUUGGAUCGCAAUAAUUAAUAAGUUUGGAUUGCAUGAAAAUGAUUGGUUAUCUGGACUAUACGAGAACAGAAAGCGUUGGGUUCCUUGCUUUCUGAAAACCACUUUUUGGGCAGGGAUGUCAACAACGCAAAGAAGUGAGAGUAUGAAUGCGUUCUUUGACGGAUAUGUACACUCAAAGACUUCAUUGAAACAGUUUGUAGAACAAUAUGAGCGAGCACUAAGGAAUAAGGUUGAAAAGGAAUUUCAAGCUGAUUUCAAAUCAUAUUCACAAAUGCUACCAUGCGUAAGUAUGUUUGAAAUGGACAAAACAAUUUCAAUCUGUUUAUACCAUCUCAAAAUUCAAGGAGGUUCAGGAGGAGUUUAUAGGGAAGAUGUAUUGUGA